GCAGGAAAAACAGGGUGAGGUCCCUACUUCCCGGAGUCGGGAAUUCGGAUCCUCCUCAGCUCUCGCAGUGCAGCCGGUCAAGUCUGGCGAGCACUCAGGGACAGGCGCCCACCACCCCAGCACGUGCAAAGCGAGAUUCAAAAGGACACCUCUGCGGUUUUCACCAGCUCCCAUCGUCCUACUGGGAAGAAGGGUGGUUAAUAUUUGACCCAGUCUGGCCCGGGAGAAAGGUGAAUGCCCUUGGUCUGCACGCUUCUGCCGAGUCUGACACCUCUACGGUGGUUAUGGAUCUACAGAGGACCCAUUCACUGCUUCUGCUCUUGCUGCUGACCCUGAUCGGGCUAGGGCUGGUGCAGCCCUCCUACGGCCAGGAUCGCAUGUACCAGCGGUUCCUGCGGCAGCACGUGGACCCCCAGGUGACAGGUGGCAAUGAUUAUUACUGCAACUUGAUGAUGCAGAGACGGAGGAUGACUAGUCCGAGGUGCAAGCCCUUCAACAGUUUCAUUCAUGAAGACAUCUGGAACAUUCGCAGUAUCUGCAGCACCAGCAACGUCGAGUGCAAGAAUGGUUUGAUGAACUGUCAUACAGGUGUUGUGAAGGUCACAGACUGCAGGGAGACAGGAAAUUCCAGGGCCCCUAACUGCAGAUAUCGGGCUAUGGCGAGGACCAGGCAAGUUGUCAUUGCCUGUGAGGGUAGCCCUGAGGUGCCUGUGCAUUUUGAUGCAUAGACCAUCCCAUAUUGUUUACACCAGUGGCUAGCCUCCAAUUUACACCUAGAUGGCAAUGAGUGACACGUUGGAAAAGUCACAGGCUCUUGUCUCCUUUGCUCGUUUUUUCUGUUUCUUCUGUAAAAGUUAUUCUCUUUCAGAUAUUGCAUCCAAGAGAAAAGGAGACAUAAAUCUAUGAGUCUGAGCUUUUCUACAGUAAGCUUUUAUAAUGCUGAUCAGCUUCGUUUGCUCAGAUCUUAUACUCUGUAAUUUAGUCAUGAUGUAUUUUUACUACAUUUCAAGCGCUUUCAUCUCAGUUAUUUUAAUACCCCAGGAGCUCUUUAAUAAUGCCUUUGUAUGUAGAAGCUGGAAGUUAAAGAAUUUGCUGAGACUAUGAAGUUAGUGGAAAAGGUAAGACAAAUUCCAGUUCAACUAGAUAUGUAUUGAGGGCAUCUUUUGUGCUACCAUGUGGAGUGCUUUGAAAAUGUCUUCCUUCUGUUAUUUCCCUAAGUCAGUUGUUGGGGAAACCAUUAAAAAUUUGUGACUAACAUGCUGCCAAAUGAGAAUUCUCUGUUCCUUGGCAUUGUUAUGUUUGUGUCUUUUAAGAUCGAGAAAUAUUAGAAAGUUUCCUUUUUCUUCAAAUAUUUCAAUAAUCCCAAUAAGUCAAGGUACUAAAAAUUUGUUAGUUUGCAAACACUCAUUUAUGCUCCCUGACUGAAAGAUGUUUCAUGUGUUCAUUAUAAUAAAGGACAGAUCUACAGGAAUCUAAAA